AUGCCGAUUUCUCUCAAGCCCCGUACCAGGAGUCAGCACCUGUGCGACAAGAUUGGGUACAGUGGACUGCUUGUUCUCGUACUUGGUAGCGCUGCCAUCCUCGUUUCCUCCGCCAUUCUUGUCUUCCUUUGGGCUGGAGCCGAGAACUCUCGGAACCGCCGCCGAUACCCAAAAUUCUGGGAUGGCAUCGUCUUUAACGAUUGGUCAACUCGGGUUGUCACGAUAUGCUCUGCUAUCAUCCGCAUAUCGCUGACCUUUCAAAUCGGUUUCAUCACUGCAGCCAUGUCAGCAAUCAUGCUUGAGGCAUCCAGAUGCCGAUUUCGCGACCUAGCUACUCUCUCUUUGCAAAGAGCCUCGAGCACCAAUGCCAGCCCUUCAAACAUUCUUCCAGCAGCUCUUAGGCAAUGCGACACAAGUGGCCUCUCUGGCUUCUGCUGCUUCUUGCUUCUUUCAAGUGCAUUUGCCGUCGCCCUCGUGUCGACAUUCACCUCUACGAUUCUCCUUUCCGACUUUGGAACAGCCCGCAUCACAGCCCCAAGUAUCACAGAGACCAUUCCAAUAGGGAUAAACUCGACAUUUUAUGACCGUUUUGAAGAAUUUGAAAUUGGUAUCCCGUCUUGCUUCAAGUCAAGGCCCUCCGCACACUGGCGAUUUGCGGAAGUCAAAACAAGCCAAGCUUCCUCGGCAGAGCUUGGGGAUACGGGAGAUGUCUACCGAGCCAUGCUCCCGUUUAGUAGCCCGGAAGCCAGGGCCUCUUUGGAGUACUACUCUGGUCCUGGGUUAGUCAAUAACCACAGAACCGUUUGUGUCAGCCCAAAGUUUGAGUUCCUGAGUCUUAGCUUCACUGACACUUCGGGAGGAAGGAAUUUGGGAGGGAGGCUGUCUGCUGAGGUUCAAAACUCGAGUUUCGGACCCGUACUGAUGGGCUGCUCUAUAGAGAGGACCUGGUACGGAGAUGGAGAUUGGCCGCUCUUGACAUGCCGGUUAUACGAUUCCUUAUCUGGAUCAGUCGACUUUCACUCAGUACACACUGAAGACAAACUAUCCGGACGUAAAUAUCUUUUCUCCCCGAUCAUGCUUAUCAACGCGAGUGCAGCCCUCCAGAUAUCCCGUGGGACCACAUAUUACCUUGGCGAACCUAUACCCAAUCUUACCACGACAGACGAGUAUACAAGCAAUCUUACCACGAAAACAGAAGGGCUAUGGACAAAAGUUUAUACUUUGAAUGGAACCCCGGUUCUGAACGCCACUGUCUGCUUUGUCAAUACAAAAUCGCUGCCAAUUUUUAAUAUUACAAUGUCUGGGCGGCCCAUCCCAUCGGAACCUGCAGUUGACUGGCAUCGGCUCUUGAGCAAGAAAAAUAGCACGGGACAUCUACAGCAGAUUGGCAUCGGUCUUUCGGCUGAUAGUUUUGCAAGCCGUGGGAUUUUAGAGCUUCAGACUCAAACCAGCAUCAUACCGCUAGAGGACAUGGGCGGUGAGGACAUUUGGGCCUUCUGGGCGCAUGAGCUUCUUCUUCAAGCUGCACUGUCCGAGGAGAACCCUUACCAGAGCUGGAAUCUAGUGACCAACGUCACAUCUUCGGGCAUGUUUCCGUUGACUGCGCACCCAGAGAACUCUGCCCUUGUUCAGAAGGUUUUACAGGUGACGCAAGAUCCGGCACAAGCCAUUCAUGCAUUAGCCUUUCGGUUCUCUCAGAUGCUCUAUUACGCUCACCAGCCAAGGUUCACUAUCAGACGACCCAUCACAACAAUCAACACUUCCGAGAUGCUUAUCCCGACUCAAUGGACCGGCCUCUCCAUCGUGCUGACGACACUUUCAGUUCAUUUCAUUGUUCUUGUUGUUACAACGGUCUUGUUUGUACUCUGGACCAAGGCUUCGUUGUUGGGUAACGCUUGGCAGGCGGUCUCGCAGAUGGUCUCGCCUCAGACGAGAGAGGUUAUGGAUACACCUAGCGUCGAUACCAUGCGCGAUAGUGAUGUGGAGGAAUGGGCCAGGGUUACAGGUCGUGAUUUGCAGGUAUAUCAUUCGUCACGCUCUGGUGAUCUAGGCCGAACAGAGAUACGUCUGCGUUAG